UCAAACUGUAACAAAUUGUAUUUAACAGCGGAGUUUUGGAAAAUAAAUAACUUCUAUACGUCCAAGAUUUUGUAUCAAUUCUAUUACAACCGAAAUAAGUGAUGGCUGCUCCAACGGAGGAAAAUUUUGAUCAAGCAGAAUUUGACGAAGACGAUCUCGGGGAGGUUCAGAUCGAAUCUACAGCUGGUCGGAAGCGUCUUUUCAGCAAGGAACUACGAUGUAUGAUGUAUGGGUUUGGUGAUGAUCAGAAUCCGUACACAGAAAGUGUAGACUUGCUAGAGGAUCUCGUAAUUGAGUUCAUUACAGAAAUGACACACAGAGCAAUGGAAAUCGGACGAACAGGUCGCGUUCAAGUGGAGGAUAUUAUUUUUCUGGUACGGAAGGACGCUCGAAAAUAUUCUCGUGUCAAAGAUCUACUCACAAUGAAUGAAGAAUUGAAGCGAGCGCGGAAAGCUUUCGAUGAAAUUAAAUACGUUGGCGCUGAAGCAAAACUGAAAUAAAACAUUUUUCUAACGAACCUUUCUAAAAUAUUCAAAUAUCUGUAAAAAGUAUAAAACAAAAAAAAAAACAUUUUAAAUUCUAGAACUUUUUUAAUUAGUUAUCGAAUUUUGAGUAUGUUGUAAACAAUAUCUACAAAAGAAAUGCAGAAAUGGAUCUAGAGUCAUAGAGCAUUUAUACAAAUAAAUUCACUGUUAAAUUUUGAA